CCGCUCCUCAUGCCCCGCGCGCGCGCGUGGGACCAGUGCCCCAACGCCGUGAAGGUGAUGACGGCGUUCGGUACUGUCUGCCAUCUGCCCCACGAUCUGAGGCUGCCUUUUGCCAGGCACGUAGCCUACACAGAAGCCAAGUCGCUGCGUCGCUACACCGUGGGCCUGGUGUUCAGAGAGAAGCACGUGGACGGCUUCCACCCGAGGGAGAUCGCCGAGUGCGCCUUCGACAUCGUGACACCCAGAACUGGAACCCUCUGGUCAGACGCCGAGCUCCUACUAGUAGCCAACAAGGCGGCAUCAGCAGUGAACCUGAAGGUUUCUGUCACGCUGAACCACACGGAGAUGCUGAAGACCCUGCUGCUCUGUUGCGGAGUGUCCACGGACCGGCAUCGGGACCUUUACCCUAUACUUGUUGAUGUUAGGCUGGGUCGCAUAACGAAUCUACAACUACAAACUCACUUGACGUCGCUCUGUAUCACCAACAGAGAUAUCGCCAAUCUACUGCGGAUGAUGGAGGCUGAGGUGCCAGUAAGCGAAGUCCGUGAGCUAGUAGCCCCAUUAGCUAAGAAAGCGGAGUGGAGCAAAGCGUUGGCGCGAGCCGUAGAGGAUCUGGAGUCAGUCGCUGACAACGCGAAGGCUUUGGGACUGGAGUGCGCAGUGACAGUGGCGCCGUGCCUCGCGUACAACGCGACGCAACACUCGGGCGUGUUCUGGCAGAUGUGCGCAGUGUCGGCGGCGCAGCGGGCGUGCAGCAAGCACCGCUCCGCCGACAUCGUCGCCGCGGGGGGCAGGUCAGAGGGGAAGGGGGUGUCAUUGUACAGUCAACAAAAUAGAUAA